AUGGCCUCUCUGGGUGCUGAUAUUGCCGCGAACGGCACUCGCGAGCGUUCCUCCGAGACGCUCAAGUACUACCAGCUAGCUGUCUCUAUGCUCCGCCAGCGAUUGACGGACGAGUCACAAAGGUCAAGUGAUGCGGUCGUAGCGACGUUGAGCAAUCUAUGCGGGUUCGAAGCCAUGUCGGGAAGAUUUGAUGCCGUCGACAUGCACACUCAGGGGAUCAGACAUGUAGUGACCCUCAGAGGUGGCCCAGACAGACUAGGUGAAGAUGUGUUGGUUUAUUUCUUGUGGACGUCAUUUACUGAUGACUUCUGUCUAGGUUUCGACGGCUUUUUGCGGACAAUUGCAGUCGCAUGGCUGAACUUUUAUGCCUCCCGGCAGUAUAUUGCGAGUCACAAGGAAUCCCUUAUCCCGGCAGACGGAAUUUUAACUUACCCGACUCAUCCAUUCGAUCCGGACCUGUGCAGUGUUAUUGCCAAAUUCCCGCCAGGGAUCAUGAAUAUUGCACUGUCGAGUCAGCUCAGCCAUCAGAUCAUAGUAAUGAUAUCACGUGUCAAUGCCUGGGGCCAGGAGGUUGCCACCUCUUUACGGGAGAAGGACAUAUACCGUUUAAACUACCUCUCCCACAACUCCAAGAACAUUACCCUCAGUGGCCAAUUCCUCCUACAUCCAAACUUGUCGCUAGUCGAGCAACUCCUUACACUCGGCCUGCUUGGUUUCUGCUAUUCCCAUGACGACACCAGAUCCUUUUAUUGGAUAACAAAAGCUUACUUGCAAGUUCGAUGCCGGCACUUGAACUCGGUCUCUAUUGACGUGUCGGACAAGAAUGAAGACUUCAUGACCUGGGUCGGGUCAGUCCUUGUUUCAAUGGGUGAUCCUACGUCCGAAGUUUGGAUCCUUGGUCUGAAGCUGUUAGAUUCACGGCCGACUCCGAGAGAUUGGCAGGCCAAUGUCAAUAUCUGCGAGACGUUCUUCUGGACGGAUUCCAUGUCAUUGAGGUUGUCAUCGAAAAUUGGCUAUCUGAGACAGAAGCGACGCGUCUAG